AUGCCAAAUUCAAAUAACCACGGUAGCGUGGUUGGACGACAAGGUUACGGCAAUGUGACGCCGCGCACCGACUGGGGCAAGAUCACGACGGUGCUGUACGCGAUCAUCGGCAUGCCGCUGUUCCUCCUGUACCUGUCCAACAUCGGCGACAUCCUGGCCAAGUCGUUCAAGUGGACGUACGCCAAGCUGUGGCUCUGCAAAGGCUGCCCCGGGGCGCGGCGCCGGCGCCUCGCGCGCGCCCUGCAGCACCAGCAGCAACACCCGCCCAAAUACAAUGUGAAAGCGACUACGCCCGCGCCUCUUCUCGUCCAGGACUUCGGUGACGACCACUCGUGGACCCCCGGGGCCAACGCCGCCUCGCUGCCAGGCCGCAGGCGGCUUGGGGUGGCGGUGGGGGUCCACGCGCCGUACGACGGCUACCUGGAGGCCGCCGCCAUCCACGGGCUGCCCGUCCCCAGAGGACAUCCGAGGUCUCGCAGCCGCGGCAGAUCGCGGGGACGGCAAGAGCAUGAGGACGAGGAUGCGGGAGGCUGGGACCACCCGCACCGUGCGCGCAGGGUCGACGUGGACUAUGGUCGGGACGGCGAGCCCGACGAGGAUGACGAGGACGACGAGGACGACGAGUAUGACGACGAAGAGUGGGACGGCACGUCGGGCCGCAGCAGGAGCAGGUCGGCUUUUAGAGCCGGUCCAGGGCGGCAGAACGCGGACGCAGAGCCGGCCUUUGGUGUCCGCAGUGCACGGGCCGCCGCGCGGGGGCGCUCUCCAGGGCAACCGACACCGCGGCGAGGCCACCGGCGUGGGCGACGAGGUCCCCAGGACGACAGCAGCGAGGAGAGCGAGGAGGAUGUUGAAGAGGAGGAGCAGGAGGUCGAGGACGAGGAUGUCGACGAGGAAGAGUCGCCGUCGACGGAGGGCGACCUGGAUGAGGAGGAGGAGCUAGAAGAGGAAGAGUACAUCCACGACGAUGACAUGGACGAAGGCGAGGUGGCGGACGAGGACACGGACGGGGAGAGCUCCGCGGCCAGCAGCGACUACGACCCGCAGACCGUCACCGUGCCUGUCACCCUCUGCCUCGCCAUCAUGGUCAGCUACGUCUGCGGCGGGGCGGUGCUCUUCUCCAAGUGGGAGCAGUGGGACAUGCUGGACGGCUCCUACUUCUGCUUCAUCUCGCUCUCCACCAUCGGCUUCGGCGACAUCGUCCCCGGCGGCUACGUCUACUCCAACAAGGUCGAGGUGUCGUUCAUCUUCUGCUCCAUGUACCUCAUGCUCGGGAUGGCGCUCAUCGCCAUGUGCUUCAACCUGAUGCAGGAGGAAGUGAUCCACAAGAUGCGGUCCUGUAUACGCACCAUGCGGUACGUGACGCGGUGCAACAGACGCCAAGCGGGCGCGGCCAGCUGACAUGUCAGCUGACAGCUGACUGACACUGACCCAGUGUGCUAUGUCGUCGUGUCCGUAGGGAGGGCCAAACAAGAGCAUGUGUCUUCGCCAAGGAGACAUCGAAGGAUUAGGGAGCGAUGACUCUUAUUUUUUGCCACCGUCUGGAUCUGCCGCGUCCACUUCAGGCGCGCGCGCGGUGGAUCGGGUCGUCUGGACUCUCAGCUGUUCCUCCGGAGCGGUGUUCGAGUGGUGUCCGAGCGGUGUCCGAGCGGUGUCCGAGUGGUGCCCGAGCGGUGCCCGAGCGGUGCCGGAGUCUGGACUCAGCGACGCAUAGACAGUGCCGCCGAAGUGCGAUACAAAAGUGAUAAUACUGAGUGCCACUGCUCAAGGAGUGACGAGGCGGACUGUCGUCACGCCUUAGAAAGGACAUAAAUUAUCGCGUCGCCGGAGUGAUAUGUGAGACGUGUAAACGGGAGAUCUCGGCGAGGGACGCUGCCUAGCCGGCGCGAGCGUGCGCGGGAUCGCCUCGACGGUUAACUGCGGUGAACUGCGUGAACUGGACGCUUUUCCCGACCCCUGUCGCGGCUCCCGCCCGCAGCUGUACAGGACGCCGCACAGACGCCGGCGACGUCACAAUAAAUGCGAUACAGAGA